UCAGAAAGAAACCAACCUCAAAAAUUAAGUGGUAAAAUAAAUGAUCUGAAAAGAAAGAUCAAUGAGAUAGCCGUAAAUUAUGUCACUUUGGUGGGAAAAUUAAUUCAAGGAAGAGACAAUUACAAAAAAAGAAAUAUCUGGCCAGACCAAAAGAAAGACCAAAGAUGCUAUAGAUGUGGCGAAUUAGGACAUAUAUCUAGGUUCUGUCGAUCUGAAAAAUUCAAACACUCAGUUGAAAACCAAAAUGAUACAAAAAGGCCAGACAAAAGGCCAAAAAUCGUAAACUAUUGUGAAGUAAACGAAGAGAUAUUUAUAAUAAGUAACGAGCUAGUGCCGCAAAAGAUAAUAAAACAUCCUAAUAAGCCAGAUUGGAAUACAAGGUUGAGAGAAAAAAAAUUACCUAAUACUCAACAAGAAAAAGAAGAUCAAGAAAUAGAAAACCCCAUUGUGACAACACAAAGGACCACAGCAGCCCGAUGCAACGUAAGAAUCUAUGAUAAUCCAGUAAUAGCAGUCCUAGACUCAGGUGCAGUCGUUAGCAUUAUGUCCAGUAAAUUACAAUAUAAAUUAGAGUUAGAAAUUAAUGAUAAGGCGAUAACUAUGGUAAUAAUGGCAACAGGUGCACAUGCAAAAACUCUGGGUAGGGAAUAUGAUAGUGAUGAGGGUGAUACAUUUGAUGAAUUUGACUAUGAAGAGGAUAACCUAGAAGAGAUAGAUGAGUAUUUUAUGGAUGAAUGGUCAGAAGUAGAUAACCAAGUAUUAGCUCAAGGAAUAGAAAGUGAAGAAAACCCAGCACUAUUCCUUAUCAAUAUAAAGGAACCCCCCGUUAAAGAAAAAGAAGAAAAGUCGAUAGUAGAAAGAAUACAAGAAUUCAUAAACGUCAACUUAAUGACCCCUGAGCAACAACGUCAAGCAAAAGAAUUCCUGAUAAAGGAGAAAACGUUGUUUGCUAAAAACAUAGACGAGCUAGGAAAAACAAGUGUUAUUAUGCAUACUAUAAACAAAGGGGAGGCAAUAGCAAUGAAACAAAGACCAUAUAGGAUAUCUCAUGAUGAGAAUAAGGCUGCGGCAGUUAUCCGAGUAGAAAAAGCCCAACAGAAGGCUAAGAAAAGAUAUACUCAACAGGCCUUAAAAAUCGAAGACCUAAAGAGAGGAGAGCUCAUUUUGGUCUUUAAGGCUUCUCAAGAAAACUCAAAAAGUCAUAAACUCAGCCCUAA